GCCACUUUUUCCUUCUUUUCUAGUUUCUUCUACUUGAGAAGAAGAAGCGCCGCUGUGUCUUGGUCUUCUUCCUUCAUCUCAUCAACUCUAUUUCUUCUUCUUCUUCCUGCGAAUAUCUUACCCUUACGCGCCGCUGACUGCCGCCAUAUUGUUCAUUUGCCCAUAGUCGUCGUGAUCCCGACAUUAAUAAGUCACCUUGCUACCCUUAACUCUCCCUUUCGGCUCUUUUACCAGCACCGCUCGUCGUCUAUAGCCGCCUUUGCGCGCUUCUACCUCGCAUCGCCGCUGCCUAAAUUCACCAAUCCACCGGGCACCAACAAUAUCUCAAAAUCAGGCCGUUUUCUCCCUAAUUUGGACGGUUUCGGUUUUUUUGAAAGCGAGGUCAGAAUGUGGCGGCACUCCCACCAGCAAUCUCGAAGACUCUCCAGCAGCGGAGGAGGGCCAUGGUUGAUGCUUCCACCGGCGCGGUCAGGGAAUUCGGCAGCGUACAAGUUAUACUCCCCCGUGAAGGGAGAAGUAGUGAGCUUCAACAUCAACGGCAACGAAGAGGCAGUAGAGGUAAUGCAGGACCCCGCAACUAGGUUGGUGGGGUCGUCGCACGGCUGGCUAGCUCUGUUCAACAGCCACCGCAAGGCCUUUUUCCUCUCGAAUCCCCUCUCCGGCCGCCGCAUAGAUCUUCCGCCCCCGCCGUCCGACUUUAUCACUACUCCUUUCAAGGUGAUCGUCUCGUCCUCUCCCGACGACGACGACUGCCGCGCCUUGAUGAUGUAUCGCUCUGAUACACAUUCCUAUGUCUGCCGUCCCGGCCGCAGCGCGUGGACUCCCUUGGGCAGAUUUCCUUACGAAGAUUUCGUCUACUCCCCCGCACGGAAACGAUUUCUGUGCGUGCUGGCAGAACAAUUUAUGUAUGAUUCCGACGACGGGGAGUUGGAGCCGUGGGACUUGGAGUGCUGGAAUGUUGUACAAGAAAGCAUCGAGUGGAAGGCCAAGUCGUUGGAUUCUGAGUUUCUUCAUAAACAAAUGAGAGAGGUUAGUUUCCACUUCGAGCGGUACAUGAGAUACCUGGUGGCCGACGACCGCCGCCACCGCAUCUACGUCGUCACGCGCUAUUUCAACUGGUACAAAAAAUGUGAGAGAACAGUUGGAUUUCAUGUGCAUAGAAUCGGCAAGGGAGACAUGGAGGGGAGCUUGGAUGGGCUAGUGAUGUUUGUCGGAGUCAACGAGUCGUUUGCGGUGGCGGCGUCGGAGUUCCCGGAGUUGCAGCCAGACUCCAUUUACUACACACAUAACAGCUUCAACUUGCCGGAUGAUGUGUAUGGCGGCCACGAUCUUGGCAUUUUUGAUUAUCGUAACAAGACUUGGUCUCCUUGCUAUUAUCCCUGCGACCCUUCAAGUUUCAAAAAGAUUCAUCCACCACCUAUAUGGUAUACUCCCACCCCCAUCCCCACCACUAUAUAUAUAUGAUGGUGUUUUGAGUAUCGAUUCUAGUACUAUGAUGUUUUCUAGCUAGUAUUUUAAUUUUUUAUCUUCACUUCGCGGAUUCAUAAUAUAUAUGAUGACUGGCACAUGUAUGGUACUAGUAGAUUCUUGGAGUACUCCAUUUCUUAUGUCUUGAUUGCAUCACAAGAGUUUGUAACAGCUUUAUCUUUUGGGAAAUUCAUCUGUGGAAUCACUAUCAGGUUCAGAAUACUCAAAAUUGGCCUAGGUAUGAAUAAG